CUAUAUCUGGUCUCCCACAGAGCCUGCAUUCACUGUAUCUGGUCUCCCACAGCACACAGAAUGUGGAAACGCAAUUAUUUUAGUCAAUAUAAACUACUAAAUACCUUUUCUCAUCAGCAGUUAGAGCAGUCUUGUGACUUCUCUCAGUGUCCAGCAGAGCACUGGUUACGGCUUUUGGAGGAGUUUUCAGUCUCCCCUUAUUGUCCUGUGAGGCUGUAGGACCCCUGACCCUCUGUCUGCACAGUCCUGAUUGGCCCUGUGCCAAUCACAUGUACCAUCCCAAAGCCUAAAAUCCUAUUAGCAGAUGGA